AUGGACAAACAGGAGGCAAGAGAUUUCCUGACUUCGCUUCUCAACAAGAACCUACGCGUCCUGGCUACUGAUGGCCGUAUGUUCCUUGGCCAAUUCAAGUGCACCGAUCCGGAUCGCAAUGUAGUACUAGCUCAUACCUACGAAUAUCGACAGCCAUCAGCGCAGCAGCGGGCUGAAGCCGCAAAGAAGGCUACAGAAGGAAUCACCUCAGUCACGAUGGACAUGACAUCCCGGUACCUGGGCUUGGUCGUGGUGCCUGGGCAGUACAUUGUGAAGAUUGAAGUAGAAGAAUUCACGAGUCAGAUCGGGAGCCGGAAUCCAUACGCCGACGUUGUCGUAUAG